GAUACGCCAACGCGCCAACGCACACGAAUAAAAAGUUGGUUUUGUAUUUUGAAAUAUUUAUUUUUAAUAAGCUUAACUAAUAUCUUGCAGCAAUAAUAUUAAGCAGAAAUGUUGUUUAGGUAUUUAUUCUCUACACCUUACAUUACUAAAACAUGUACAUUAAAUAAAUUAAAUCGUACACUUUCAACACUGCCUCAACUUUCUUCGGAAAAGUAUGGCGUUAAAAGAAAGGAAUUUGGAGUUUUAAAAAACGAUGAUGUUAAAUUCUUUCAAUCACUUAUAAGCAAGGAAAGGGUACUGACUGAUGAGUCUGAACUUCUCCCUUAUAAUAUUGAUUGGAUAAAAAACUGCAGAGGUCAAUCGAAAGUGGUUUUAAAACCAAAAACAACAGAAGAGGUAUCCCAGAUUUUGAAGUAUUGUAAUGAGCGUCGACUAGCUGUCUGCCCUCAGGGUGGAAACACGGGACUUGUGGGAGGCUCGGUGCCUGUAUUUGAUGAAGUCAUCAUUAAUUUUAUGUUAAUGAACAAAAUUAUCAGUGUUGAUGAACUUUCAGGUGCUCUUGUAUGUGAGGCUGGCUGUAUACUGGAAAAUCUAGAUAAUUAUGCUCGAGAACGAAAUCUUAUAAUGCCAUUAGACCUUGGUGCCAAAGGAUCAUGCCAAAUUGGUGGUAACAUCAGCACCAAUGCUGGAGGCAUAAGACUCUUGCGGUAUGGGAAUCUGCAAGGCACUGUACUAGGUGUAGAGGCCGUAAAAGCAGAUGGAUCAAUAAUAGAUUGCCUUCGAACUCUGAAGAAAGACAAUACAGGUUAUCACUUGAAACAUCUAUUUAUAGGAUCGGAAGGCACCUUAGGUGUUGUAACUAAGGUGGCCAUACAAUGUCCAUCUUUACCCAAGUCGGUUAAUCUAGGAUUUUUUGGUGUCGAGAGUUUCGACUCGGUUCUUCAACUGUAUAAAAGCGCGAAGUCGUCUCUUGGAGAAAUACUGUCGGCCUUUGAAAUGGCCGAUAGCUUGUCCAUAGGCACGACAGUAAAAAACCUAAAAUUGACGAAUCCGAUUGGCGAAUACCCGUUUUACGUGUUAAUAGAGACACACGGUAGCGACGAAGAGCACGACAGCGACAAACUGUCGCGAUUCCUGUCGCGCGAGAUGGACAGCGGCCUCAUCGUCGACGGCACUGUCACUGCCGAGGAAACUAAAAUGAAGUCGAUAUGGAACAUCCGCGAGAGCAUAGCGGGCGCGGCGCUGCAUGGCGGGUACAUGUUCAAGUACGACGUGUCUGUGCCGCUGCGGAGCUACUACGAGCUGGUCCACGUGCUGCGCCGCCGCCUGCGAGCUGUUGACUGCAAGGUGUACGGAUAUGGGCAUGUUGGCGAUGGCAACAUUCACAUCAACGUAGUUGUGCCGGAGUACAGCAAGGAGGUGUACGGUUUACUGGAACCGUUCAUAUUCGAGGAGGUAUCUAAACACAAGGGUUCUAUUAGUGCCGAGCACGGGGUCGGCUUCAGAAAACCCCAGUACAUUCACUACAGCAAGGACCAAACUUCCCUGCAGCUCAUGAGAGAUAUGAAACGUGUUAUGGAUCCCAACGGUAUACUAAACCCGUACAAAGUAUUGCCCGAUCCGAGCUAAGCUAGAAAACGUCGACAGACCGAACGCGACAUGAAUUUAUUAUAUCUAAGAAUAAUAUUUAUUAUUGUUGAUAUUCUCUAUAAGGCAGCGGUACUCAACCUUUUUUUAUACAGGCCACAAAUUUUUUUUAGUCUUGGAGUUACGUGCCGCAAUUAUUUUUUUAUUUAGGGGUAUUAGAGUUUUAAUUAAUUAUUUAUUUAGAGGUAAAAGAAAUAAUAUGUUGUUCAAAAUUAUCGAUUUACGCGGGCCACUGAUAGUCUCGACGGGCCACAGGUUGAGUAUAGCAGCUAUAAGUGGUAAGUACCUGACUUGUAAAUAUUAUCUUAAACCUGUUAUUCUAUUUGAAGACUUUUAAUAUUUUUAUAUCGUUGUAACAUAAUCGUUUGAAAUAAA